AUGGCGAUAGACAAUAUCCCGACUGGACAUACCCUCAAACAGGCCUUUGAGUUGGACAUUUAUACUCCCGACGGGGUCCCUCGACCAUUUGGAUCCCUAUUUCAGCAUCACGAUACCGACGACAAAGCAGCUACUACCGCAAACAACGUCCUCGUGGUCUUCAUCCGUCAUUUCUUUUGUGGUAACUGCCAGGAAUAUAUCCGUCGAUUGUCCUCGCCGGCGUCUCCUUUCCACCCUACUCGACGACGGGUUCACCUCGACUUUUCCAAACCAAACACUCACCCUCCCCCGUCCGUGGUCGUUAUUGGACCAGGGUCGCCGAGCUUGCUCUCCUCCUAUGCGGCCCUGACACAAUGUGCGUACCCUGUCUACGCUGACCCGUCGACGCAGUUGUACGACAUGCUGGGCAUGCACAAGACUUUAUCGAUGGGGGGCAAACAGCCCGAGUACAUCCAGCACAACCUCGUCAGCGGCGCGGUCAAGUCGGCGUGGCAGAUUGUCAAACGUGUGGGGAAUGGGGACGCUCUGGACGGAGGAGAUUGGUACGUCAAUGGAGGUGAAUUCCUCUUUGUCUAUAGGGAUGGCGGCAGCAGCAUGAAUCAGUCGAGUUCCAAGGUGAUGCACAAGUUGGGGUCAAGUUCGAACUCGUCACCUCCACGACCAGGAUCGGGAACGCGGUCAUCAUCGAGAGAGACUAGUCAUGCUGCCGGAUCAUCAUCAUCCUCGUUGUCAUCAUCGUCAUCCUCGUCGCGAUCGAAACCAGGUUGGGAAGUACGUUGGUGUCACCGCAUGUUGAAUUCUCGCGACCACACAGAACUUCAGGACUUGUACCACAACACGUGCUCCUCGUCGGCGUUGUCUCUGCCUCGGAUCGGAUCACGAACAGCGUCACCUGCCCCUCUCCGUUCGAUUCUAGUCAAUGGAGGAAAUGCCGGUCCUUCGACAACCACCACCACGACAACUCAACUCCGUAAUCCACGGUCAAGAUCGAGAUCAAGUGCCCGGUCAUUGAGUCGAAGUUACUCGUCGGAAUGUCUGGGAGCGUGUCCGGGCCCAGACAUUCCCAAGUCGCGGGACGAAGCACUCCUCAACCAAGCCUUGUAUGCGUCUGCGUCUGCUCGCCCAGGAUCCAAAGCGAGUCUUCAUCGACCUAGAUCGAGAAGUGCCAGUCGGAGUUCGAGCCAUGACAAGCAUCAAAGGUCAAAAUCAGUGGCGUCCCUGACGAGAGCCGAGGGAGAUUUUGGGGAGGACGUGCCUGGGCCUCGAAAGAGCAGCAGCCUUGGCCGUAGUUUGAGUUUAGGUUUGGCUUCCAAGGUAGGCAUGUUGGGAAGAUCAAAGUCGUUGUCUGCGAAGGCGAGGGAUCAUCAUCCUCGUAUGACCCGGAUGGACGGUGAUGAUGAUGACGCUCAUGCUAAGGUCACGAAUGACUCCAGUGGUGAAGGAGUGACGGCUGGUGGGAGUGCAAGCACAAGUCCAAACGGAAGGAAACGAUCGCUUUCCAGUCUUGUGAGGAGGUCUACGUCGAAAAAGAACAAGACGACGACACCUAUCGUCUCACAAGUGAGACCACAGACAGCAACGCCUAUACGUUCAUCUUCACAAACACAGAUCCGUCCACAAACUGCGACAUCAACUCAGGAUCAAAGUCAGACAUUUACUCAGCCGUCGUCGUCUACACACUAUAGACCUGAUUCGGCAGUCUCGUUGUCUGCUACACGUCACGCACGUCACCAUCAUUACAAGAAUGAGAAAGAUGAAGAUUCAAAAGAGGAGAAGCCGGGUUUGCCAUCUUCUUCUGGUCAUGCUCAAAUUUUUUCUGACCAAACGAAAAGAAGGACACUUUCAUUUUCUCCACAUCCAUCCGGCACAACCACGACAACAACAACAACAACAUUAUCUCAACCGUCUAGAAGAGCAUCUUUUACCCUUUCUCGUCGACCCAAGUUACCGUCGUCGUCGAGGAGUACUAACAAUCACAAAACGUCAAAAGGGGCGAGUACGAUAUCCAUGGACGAGAAUGGUAUCAUGUUGGUUGAUGGUGUUGAAUUUGUCAAUGUGAUAAGUUUGAAAGCUAGAGUUGAUGAUGAUGAUGAAUCAAGAAGAUCAAGACGAAGACAGAAUCAGUCGAAGAACACUCGGAAUCAGAUUCAGAAUCAGGACCAGACUCGGACUCAGACUCAGAUCAAGACUCCCGGUCACAUUUCAACUCAAUCUCAGACUCAACCCCACAAACAGCAACAACAACAACAACAAGACCAACACCACGACCAAACUCAUCAAAUUCAUCCUCGGACUCUACCUCACAGUCAUACUCGACACCCGUGUAAUCAACUUCACGUCCACGACCGCAUGGCGGGAUCGGUGAGACCGGUGAGUUCGACGACCAUGAUGGCACCGUUGGGAUCCACCGGAUCCACGACGGCGGCUAUAUCUGUUCAAGCUUGA